AUGACUAUGUCGACGUUUAUCAAUGAGAAAAACUUGCCAAAGUUGCCUCUCCCAGACUUGCAAAAGACCUUAGAGGAGAUGGAGGAUUCCUUGAAACCACUGUAUUAUGCAGAUGGGUAUUAUAAACAUCCUUUACAUCCAGAAGAAUCCAGUGAAUUGCAUGAAAAUAUCGAGAAAUUCUUGCAUUCCAAUGCUGCUGUAAAAUUACAGGAAAAAUUGAAGAUGUUUGAUAGAUUUAACGGUUGUUAUUUGGACAAGUUGCAUCUAGACAUCAAUAACCAUACUUCCACGAAAGAGAUCCAGGAUGAUGUGCUACCAAGAAAUCCGUUUUUAAUCUUAGCAGAAGAUGCUACCUCUGAUAUCUCACAAGCAGUCCGUAGUGGUGUGCUCUGUUCCUCUGCUUUGAGAUUUGUCAGUGCCUUGAGACAGAACCAUUUGCCUCCUGAUUGUGGCAGCGAUGGGAAGCCGAUGAGUAUGCUUCCAUAUACCAAUCUUUUCGGUACGACAAGAUGUCCCGUGUUUGAACAUGGUGAAGUGGAAUCCUUCGAUUUGAACAGACCUUACGAUGAAUCUGAUUUGGAAGCCGAAUUGAAUAAUCUUUCUGCGCAGAGAAGGCCUUCUACUGCGUCAUCAGAGGCUUCUAAUCAGCCAUCUGCCAAUUCUGACGAUGAUUUGGAAUUUUUCAACGUUCAUGGCAUUACAAAGAAACAGUACCCUGAUUCUAAACAUAUUAUGAUCAUUUCAAAGGGUCAAUAUUACACUCUGGAAGUGUUGGAUGAAAACGAUAAUGCAUUGUUUACAGAUUCACAGUUGUCACGUGUUUUCCAACAUAUUAUCGAUGAUUCGACUACUUCUUAUAGUUUGAAAAGGGCUACCGCAUUGGGUUCUCUCACAUCAUAUUCCUUUAAGAACUGGAAGUAUGCAAGAAAAAGAUUACAGAAGCGUUAUCCACAGGAAUUGAACGUUAUCGAUUCUGCUUUAUUCAUCGUCGUUCUUGACGAAUCGACUAGUACUAGUGAUAUCAACGAAGAUUGCAAGAGGUUAUACUAUGGUACUAGUAUUGUUGAUGAUGUUACAGGGUUCCAAGUCGGGUCUUGCACUUCAAGAUGGUAUGACAAGCUACAGUUAGUCGUAACUGCUGACUCAAAGGCAGCAGUGAUUUGGGAUUCCUUUACUUGUGAUGGUAGCGUUGUUCUAAGAUUUACUAGUGAUAUUUAUGCCGAAUCUAUUUUGAGAUUGGCUAGAGAAGUCCAUGCUGGUGAUCCUCAUUUUUCCUUAUGGCCACAGGUCCCUAAAGCAAGCUCAAAAGAUGCAUGGACUGAGAAAUUUUCCAAGAUCACUUGGUCCUUUAGUCAUAUUUUGAAUACCCAUGUUCAUUUAUCCGAAACCAAGUUGACUGAUUUGAUCUCAAAGCAUGACAUAGUUCACACAACUAUUCCAUUUGGUCGUAGAACAGCCCAGAAAUUAGGGGUUCGUGCUGACUCUUUGAUUCAAAUUGCCCUCCAAAUAGCUCAUUAUGCUCUUUAUGGUAAGAUGGUAUUCAGUUUCGAACCAGUGUCUACUAGGUUCUUCCAAAAUUCUAGAUCUACUUUUAUCCCAAUACAAACUCAAGAGCUAUUAGAGUUGUGCCAACUAUUCAUAUCCAAUUCCCUAAAUGAAACGGGAAAGUUGGAGAAGUUUAUUACUGCUUGCAAUGAUCACAGCGAAAGAAUCCAAAAGGCUCAAAGAGGUACAGGGUUUGAAAAACAUUUCAAUGCAAUCAAGUACCUUUUCAAGUUCCACGACCAUUUCGAUAUUGGCCUAUCUCCUGAAGAAUUCGAAAUCUCUUCAAAAGUCUUCAACGAUGCCAUGCUGGAACCAUUCUCAGCUCCUGAGUUAAUUGCAUCUAAUUGUGGUAAUUCAGCAAUGACUGCGUUCGGUGUUACACCAGCAGUACCACAAGGAUUUGGUAUUGGUUAUAUUAUCAAAAAUGAGCAAUGUGACAUUACGUUAACCUCACAAUACAGACAAGGGAGAAGACUUGCUUUCAUGUUGAAAUGGGUCCUAACUGAAAUCAACAACUACUGGGAAUUAAGUUCCGUUAAAUCUGUGAAAAUUAGCCCCAAAGUUGAUCAGUUAUAUGAAAUUGAUAAUGCGAUUAACCAAUUGAAAUUCAACUCAUUAUCCACAAAACCAGAAAUAGCAAAGAGCCCUGUUCAAUUCGCUGAAAGACCUAACCUUGGAUCGUACCAACAAUCUUCAUCCUCCAGUAUCUUCAAUGGUGGUCAUGGUUUCUUAGAACUCAAGGGUCAUCUUGAAAGUAGAGCUUCAUCCAGGCCUAUUUCUAGAUCUGGAUCCAAUUUGAAGUUAUCUGCCAUGAAUACAACAAAUUCAUUACAGCCCACCUUGUCAAAUGGCUUAGAAGAUGCACUAACAUCUACAAUUAGCAUCACAAGUGAGGUUUUGAAGCAGAAUGCCGGCCAUGAAAUCUUGAAGAUUGAUGCUUCGAAUAUCGGGGAAACACAACCUCAGGUGCAGAAAAAGAACGUUGUUUCAUCCAAGUUUGAAAUUAACUUUGACCGUUCAAGUGUUGGUAGAAAAGUUAAUACUCGUGGUUAA